AUGCCCGUGCGUGGCUUCGUAGGGCCGCAGUACGGGAAUGUGGGAUUCAGGUACGGGUACAUCGGCGUACAGCCAGACCCCAUGUUGCACGCGCCCGUAGCUGUCGCGACGCCUCCAGUCACGCCGUCAACCCCAUUCCCCAGCGCGAAUCAUCCGGAAAUCCAGGCACCAGUGCAAGCCCCGCGGGACCGCAUAGACCCAUUACUGAUGGGUGUGGACACCCAUGCGCGCGCAGACGGCCCUUCGAAGGUCGCGGUUCCCGAUGGUUCAGUGCGUGCGGAGAAUGUUGGAGCGGGGAUGAAUGCCAGCGCGCGUGCACAUUCGCCGCCAAUAUGGAACGUGAACUCGCUGUUGCCGGGAAACCCGGACGUCCACAUCCGCACCCCCGCUCAACCGACCGCAGCGGACGAGAACUGUGAAGGUGAACAACCACAGGCGAACGCGGGGAACGCGGUACGGGGAGCGCGUGCAGUUGGAAACGCGGGAAGAGGAAGGGGGACUGGUGCAAGGGGUAACGCGGGAAGGGGAAGAGGGACUAGUGCGAGAGGGAACGCGGGAAGAGGGACAGGUGAGCGUGGGAGAGGUGCGAUAGGAAGGUGUGGGAGUGCGAACGCGGGACGUGGGACCGGUGUGGGACGGAACGGAGGUAGUGCGAACGGGCGGAGCGCGCCUGGGGUGGUAGGCAACGGAGGCAGAGGUACCGGUGGUAACGCGACCGGAGGUACCGGGAACGUGCCAGUCAGUACACCGCGAGUAAGGAGGCGGCGUGUCGAAGUCGUGCCUCACACGGCACGCCUCGGAUCGCGAGAGGGGAGCGAGGGGGAUAGCGAUGAGGAUGACGAGGAGGACGCUAACGAUGAGGAAGACAGUUGGAAUGAAGAUGAUGAAAACUACCUCUCUAACUCGUUGUCCGCGCUCAACGAGGGGGAGGAGGAAGACAACGAACGAGUGCGUGGUACGCGAACGGACUUGGAGGUUCCCAUCGCGGAUUGGAACAGGCUUGGUGUGGAUGACACGACGGCCGCGAAAAGAGAGGUGUGCAUGGGCAUCCUCUACGGAGUCUCUGAAGCCACGCUGAAGAAAUAUCGCGGUUGGGCAAGGGAGUACAAGCUAUUCAUGGCGCACGAGCUGCCGAAACUGGACGCGAAUAGGUUCGGUGAGGAGGCCGCGUUGGAAAACGCGAACCCCGACGAGAUCGGGGCCGCGCUAGAGCAGAACAUGGGUAGUGACUGGAAGACGGCGACGGGCGACGAGCAGUGGUUCGACGGCCCCGAGACGAAUCCGUGGAGGUUACGCAAAUACGUGACCUUCCUCGCGAACGAGACGGUCGCACAGGCGGACAGGAUGGCCACACUCAAGCGGCCCGACAUAUCCUUGAAGAAGAGACGCCAGUGCUCCCCUGCAAUGCUGAUGGGGCGUCUCAAGGCUCUGAACAUGCUCAUCAAGCUGGACGGGCCAUCUUCAGGAAGCCGGUUCUGA